AUGGAAAAAUUAACUACAAAAUUAAAAAAUAAAAAAGAUGAUUUUUUUUUACCAAGUGAUAUUGAAGCAUUACUUGUUCAUCUAGAAGAAAGUGGUGAAAUAAUUAAAUCAGAGUUUAAAGAAACGUGUACUAAAUUUUAUGACUUAUGCAUAAAUUAUAUAACAGAUUGGACUGCUUCAAACCAACAUAUACCAGAAUUAAAUUCAUUAACAUGGGUUUGUUUGUCAAACAAAGAUGAAAUAAAUUGGUCCAACAUAAAGCCAUCUAUUUCUUUUCUAAAAUUAAAUUUUAAUAUUACUUUAAACGAGGAAGAACUGUAUGAACAAUUUAAAAUGUUUGAACAAUUUUUAAGAAAUAAAACCGAUGAAUGGCAAUGCAAAACAUCUGAAGAAAAAUGGCUGUCAAUUUUUAAAUCAUUUAAAGAGAAUAAUAUUGAUUAUUCUAUGUUAUUAAAAAUUGUAGAAUUUGCAUUUGCAUUGCCUGGAUCUAACGCUGCAGUGGAGAGAAUAUUUUCAUUGAUGAACAGUUGUUGGACAAAGUCACGAGGUAAUUUAUGCAUCAAUACAGUAGAAGCUACUUUAGUCAUUAAGACUAAUUUGGAAAAUAAACCAUGCCAACAAUUUUAUGAAGACAUUUCGAAAAAUAAAGAUUUGCUCAUUCGAGUUCAUAAAACUGCAAAAUAUUCAACAACAAAUCAAAAAUCAGAAACGGAAGCUUCUGGAUCUCAAACAUGA